CGAACAAUGCCACCAUGAGACAUUGACGCCAAAGCCUUUCUUGAUGCCAGCACUGAUAAUGUAAAGCAAAUUAUAAUGUCGUUGAGCUACAUCAGGUCGAUAGGCCGCUCCAUCCCGCAUCUGAACUCGGCCGCUUCAAGAUGUCUUCUGUCUCGCCGUUUUGCUUGUUCCACUCCAUGCUCCGGUCCGUGGACCGCGGUUCGAAGCCUCAGCGCCACAGCUCGGUUGUAUGCUGAUGCGAAGCUCCAUCUUCCCGCCCUCGACUCCAAGUGGCGACAGAGAUGGGCUGCACUGCCAGAGUCUACCCACCAAUGCACCGAUGCAGCCAAAGGCAAAUACGUCCUGCCCAUGUUCCCGUAUCCAUCAGGGUACCUGCAUCUGGGCCACCUCCGUGUCUACACCAUCGCCGAUGUUGUCGCCAGAUUCCACUCUCUCCAAGGCAGCAAUGUCCUGCUUCCCAUGGGCUGGGAUGCAUUUGGACUCCCGGCCGAGAACGCCGCCAUCGAGCGGGGCAUCAACCCGGCCACAUGGACGAGAGCGAACAUCGCAUCGAUGAAGGAACAGCUCGCCAUGAUGAACGGAUCCUGGAAUUGGUCCUGCGAGCUGGCAACCUGCGACCCAAGCUUCUAUAAGCACACUCAAAAAAUCUUCCUCCUGCUUCAGGAGAAGGGGUUGGCCUACCAGGCCGAAGCCGAGGUGAACUACGACCCGGUCGACAAGACGGUGCUGGCAAAUGAGCAGGUCGACGCCAACGGGUUCUCGUGGCGGUCCGGUGCGAAGGUGGAGAAGAGGAAACUCAAGCAGUGGUUCCUCCGCAUUUCUGAGUUUCGGGAAUCACUGCUCCAGGACCUGGAGGUGUUGGCGAAGAACGAUGCCUGGCCCGAGAGGGUGCUGGCGAUGCAGAAGAACUGGCUGGGCAAGUCGACUGGCGCCACCAUCAAGUUCCCGCUUUUGGCAUUCGACCACGACGUGCACGCCGCCAUCGAGGUCUUUACUAGCCGGCCGGAUACCCUGUUUGGGGUCCAGUAUCUGGCUCUUGCGUCCACUCACCCGGUUGUUGCCAAGUUGGCUGAAAAGGACCCAGAACUGCAGGCAUUCCUGGAUACGCUCCCUGGACUGCCACCCGACUCCAGAGUGGGGUACAUGUUGCCUCACAUCCGGGCCGUCAACCCUUUGGCGUACCAUGAAAAAACGCCCGAGGCCACGAAAAAGUCCAUCCCUGUGUACGUAGCGCCGUAUGUCAUUGGCGAUUAUGGCGAGGGGGCAGUGAUGGGGGUUCCUGGGCAUGACGUACGUGAUCAUGCCUUCUGGAAAACGCACCACUACGAUGAGCCGGUUCGGUUUGUGCUGGCGGCUUCCGAGGAUGAGUCGACCACAGCAUUGCAGAACCACCCGUUUGUCGACCAUGGCAUCAUGACCGAGCACAGCGGCCUCUUCAAAGGCAAGUCGUCCAAGGAGACCGGCGAGAUGCUGGUCGCUAUGUUGGAACAGGCGGGCCUAGCGCAGCCAGUUGAGAAAUGGCGUCUCAGAGACUGGCUGAUCAGCCGUCAGCGAUACUGGGGAACCCCCAUCCCCAUCGUGCACUGCGACUCGUGCGGGGCCGUUCCGGUCCCGGAUGAGCAGCUUCCGGUUCUGCUCCCCGAAGUGGACGAACAUUGGGCCGGCAAAAAGACGGGCAACCCUCUGGAGAUGCUCGAGGAGUGGGUGAACACGUCUUGCCCGAAGUGCAGCGGUCCUGCUAAGCGGGACACGGACACUAUGGACACGUUCGUGGAUUCCAGCUGGUACUACAUGCGCUUCGUCGACGCGCACAACGAGGACGCGCCGUUUUCUGCCGAGAGGGUGAAGUCGCUGCCGGUCGACCUUUACAUCGGAGGCAUUGAACAUGCUAUUCUGCACUUGCUCUAUGCCCGGUUCAUCUACAAAUUCCUCAUGACGUCUCGCCUUGUGCCCGAGAACGGGGAAGCCAAGGACAAGACGUUCGAGCCUUUCCAACGGCUCAUCACCCAGGGUAUGGUGCACGGCAGGACAUAUGUCGACCCGUCAACCGGCAAGUUCCUCAGGCGCGACGAAGUUGACCUGUCCGACCCCUCUAGUCCAAAGGUCGUCGAUACAGGCGAGACCGCCACAGUCACAUACGAAAAGAUGUCCAAAUCCAAACACAACGGCGUCGAUCCCACUGACGUCAUCGCACAACACGGAGCGGACGCGACACGGGCACACAUGCUGUUCCAGGCGCCUGUCAGCGAGAUCCUGGACUGGGACGGCGACAAGAUUGUCGGCGUGACCCGCUGGCUGGGUCGGGUGCAUGAGAUGGUGCGGAAGCUGGGCACGGCCUCGGCAGAUGCAAACAUUCCCACCGCGAAAACAUACUUUGAGGACAAGGCGAGCAAACUCCAGUCCAUGAGUGUGGAUGAGUUGGCGCAGUGGGACGCUGAUGUGGCUGUCUGGCUCGAUGUACAAAGGACGAUUGCCUCGGUCACGGCGUCGUACGAGAAGGUCUACCCUCUGAACACGGUCGUGUCGGACCUCAUGAUAUUGGCGAAUGCCAUCCAGGAGAAGGCCGCGGUGCUAAGCGAGGGCGUUCUGAGGCAGGCCGUGUCGGCGCUCGUGCGGAUGAUGGCGCCUAUUACCCCUGCUUUUUCGGAAGAGUGCUGGAGCAUCUUGGGGCUUCAACCCGAGGGCAGGUCGAUGUUCGCGGGCGAAGGCAAGGUGUCGUUUCCUGUGGUGGACGGCACGCUGGAGUUGGAGAUGCUGCAGCCGCGGAAGCAGACGUGUGCGGUGCAGGUGAAUGGCAAGCUGAGGGCUGUUGUCGAGAUUUCCAAACCGAACGGGCUGGCUGGCGAUGAGCUUCAGGACUGGAUCGUUGGUGAGAUUCUCAAGACGGACGAGGGAAGCAGUAAACUGAUCAACGGGACAUUCGACGUCAGGCAGGCUAAGAAGGUGAUUGUCAUCAGGGAUGGCAAGCUUGUAAACUUUGUAUUAUGAUCUGUGUGUAGGAUAGCCAGGUGUUAAGAGUGAACUUGUUGUAGAGUACCUGUAUGCCUAUC